UACAUCUUACAAUUUACUAACAAUGCAAAGAAUUUGUAUUUUCGUUGUUCUUAGUCUGUGUGUUGCGUAUGGCGAUGAAUCAUGUGACCGGAAGGAAAUGGAAGACACAAUUUGCAGUCUUUGUUCUCAGCGAAAAGGCAUCCAGUCAGGUCAUCAAAUUGCCUUUUUUUCUUACAUGUCAAAAAAUAUUCCAAUAAACACCAUCUCCAAACAUAAGACUCUGGUCUAUGAUAGGGUUGAAACCAACGCAGGAAAAGGAUAUGACGCAAGAUCCGGUCAAUUCACAGCUCCGGAAAGUGGGCUCUACGUUUUUCAUACAAGCACGACUGCACUUGAUAAAUCUCACAGCACAAUAGAAGUUGUUAAAAAUGGUCAGGUGAAAGAUAUUAGUUGGGCCGACGCUAUGGAUCAUAAUGAUAGAGCAGUCGCUUCUACAAUGACCAUUCUAAGUCUGACGAAAGGGGAUAUCGUCUCUGUCAGGGUGGGCCUAACAUAUGGAGGGAAUCUUCUGGAGAGUAAUCAGUAUACCAGGAUGAGUUUCUCCGGCUUCAAACUAUCCUAAAGAGGGAUCGUUAGGUUAACUUUCCAAUGGAAAGAUGGAUCUACCUGUAAUAUUUUUUCCUUUAUUUCAUAAAUAAAUAGAGUGAAAUCAA